AUUGCAUUACGCGGCAUUUGUUUACAUUAGAAACCAAAAUGAACAGUCGAUAAAUUGACCAUACUAUGCCCCAAUAUUGUUGUGUGCCCGGCUGCAAUAAUUCCGAAGGCGGUCACAGAUUUCCAAAAGACACUGAAUUCAAUUUGAAAUGGAGAGUGGCCAUAAAAAGACUUGAUCCAUCCAGCAAAAAGUUAUGGAAACCAGGAAAAUACGACCAAGUUUGUCACAAUCAUUUCACGCCAGGAGAUUAUAGAACCACUGGAUUAGGUGAACGUUCACGGUUGAAGGCUGAAGCAAUACCAUCAAUUUUUAAUUUCGGACCAUCUAUAAAAGAAGAAUCACCAAGAGCUAAACGUUUCAAACAGAGAUCUGCAGAUGAGCCAAUUCUGAUACUUAAUAAUUUUGAUUAUCAAUAUGAAGCAGAAGUAAUUUCGUCUGAACCUAACAGUGAGAAGCCAAUUAUAACAGUAGAUGAUGUUUCCUCUAGAUCUAAGAACCAAGGAAUUCAAUGUGAUAUUCCUUCAUUUGGAACAUUUAGCAUAAAAAGCUUCAAGUUCAAUGAUAAAUUGAUAAAUUAUUACACUGGUUUUGAUGAUUAUGAUCAUUUUAUGAUAUUUUUUCAUUGUCUUGGACAAGCCGCAUAUGAACUCCAGUACAAGUGCUCUUUAUUACACCCAACAGAUCAACUGUUUUUAACCUUGAUAAAAUUGAGGCAGGCAAAAGAGGAUGUAGAACUGGCAAUGUUGUUCAAAAUUUCAGAGUCUACAGUUUCUAGAGUUAUCAUGACAUGGAUAAAUUUUUUAUACUUUCAAUUGAAAGAAUUAGAUGUGUGGCCAUCAAAAGAAAUCAUAGAAGAAACUAUGCCAGUUGACUUCAAGAAAAAGUUUCCCAAUACUCGUGUUAUCUUAGAUGCAACUGAGGUACCAAUUGAAAAACCCACAAAUGUGAGUUGCCAAAGCACCACUUGGUCAAACUAUAAACAUAGAAACACUCUGAAAACUAUGAUCAAUUAUUCCAUUCAUUUAUUGUUUAUUGUGAAUAAUUACAAACUGCGCUGA